AUGAUCGCAUCGAAAACGACUACGAUGUUUCGCGCGGGCGCCCUGCAACCCGCCCUCCUACGCACCGCCACCUGCCCAUACUCAGCGGGCCUUACCACCAUGUCUCCAUUUUCGAUGACCACCCCAGUUUCGAAACCACAAAAACACAUCACCCGAUCGCUUUCAACGAGUACACAACGGCACCAGCGGCCUUCCCCGCUCCUCAUUCAAUGCCGUGUGGCCACGCAAACCUCGCGUCGUCAUGCCUCCACCUCUCGGUCGGCACCCUCCACCUCAGACGCUGCUGCCGACGCUGGCGCGGCACAAGCAGCAGCUAAAGCGGCGGCCGCUGCCCACCCAGAGCAAGUGAUACUGGACUGGAACACCUUUUUCGCACUGCGCAAAGCACGGCGGAGAUGGCAGUCUGGAUUCAGCAUUGUGGGUGCGCUGGGCAGCGGCUCGGCCGGAGGCCUGUUGCUAAGCUCGGGACUGGCCGACAGCGUGGUGGGCCAAAUCCCAUUGGACCCGUUCUUCACGCUUGGCCUGAUGACGAUGGGUUGCGCGGCACUGGGCUGGCUGGUUGGGCCUAUUUUGGGUUCGGCGGUGUUCAAUGCGACGAAGAGCAAAUAUAAGGGCCCGAUGGCGAUCAAGGAAAGCGAGUUCUUCGCGCGCGUCAAGAAACACCGCGUUGAUCCCAGUGCGAGUUCCGUUCGGAAUCCUGUACCUGAUUUCUACGGUGAGAAGAUUUCCAGCGUGGCUGGCUACCGGCAGUGGCUGAGAGAUCAGCGGGCUUUCAACCGCAAGAAGGGUGGCCUUGUAUAA